UCUUCUAAUAAACCCACCACUGCUAUUCUUACCAGUCCCCACCCCCAAACCAAUCCCAAUCUAGAAAAUCCAAUUCACAGCUCAAUUUCUUCAGUCUAAAGAAGAAAAUAUGCCCUCAGAUCUCACUCUAUUCCCCUAACAAGCAACGCCCAAGUGCCAAACAAAAUCAAGCCAAGAGGUCCAUCCAAUGGCUACCUUACAGAAAUUCAAGCUCCUGGCGACUCAGUGCUCCAUAGCGGCUGCAAGCCCGUCGCGGAGCCCAGUCAUACAGCUCCGCCGCCGCAAGACCCUCCGCAUGCUCCUCUACCGCAACGAUCACCGUGGCGGGUUCUUUUCCCGAGACGACUUGCCGGAGCUCCGAGUGGAUCCCAAUCGUACGCUGCAGGAAAAGAAGAAAAAGAAGGAGAAGAAGAAGAAGAAGAACGAGGAGGUUCGGAUCCGGCACAAGCUGAAGGACCUGUUCGUGUCCUCGCCACCGCUUGAGGAUAGGGUUUCGGAUAAGAGAUUCGACAAAGAAGAAGCAGAAGAACGAGCAGCUGGGUUGUUACUGGCAAGCGGGAGUAGUGAUGGUGGAAGCCCCGCUCCUCGUCGUGGGGGAAACGGAGGAGCCGGUUCUUUUACAACGACGUUCCGGUAUAGAUUGCUCAGAAGAGCUUGGCGACCGGUACUCGUCUCGAUCGCAGAGUAGCAGCAGAAAGCAACGAAAUGUACGGAUUUUUUCCGUUAAUUACCUUCUUUUUUUUUUUUUUUUUUUUUUUGGUCUUUUUUGGAAAAAUCUGUGUAUAUUUUGUUGGUUUGCUAACGAGCACGGCCAACUGCUAUCUUGAGCGUCUGAUGAAGGCGUAAAGUCCUGAACCUAUUCGGCUAGAAAAUGGAGCAGGAACGUGGGAGGUGGCCUGGACAGGACAGGCGCCUCUUACAGGAAAAGUUUUAGGAAAAAAAUGAAAAAUCUGGGAAAUCAUGGGUCUUAAAAGUGGUUUUGUUUUGGUGUUGGGGGUGGCCGUGUGGGGUUGGGUUCAUGAGGGUGGUGGCCUUGGAUGAUGAUGACAAGGUCAAGACAAAGGACACCAUGAACAAAUUAAUUAGUUCUUAAUAAACGCUGCAUGCUAGUUUCUC